CCGAAGGACGGAGAAUCCCCGUAGGAGUGGUGCAAUCACUCACCACCGUUGAUGAAGAAAGACUGACCCUUCCUAGCAUUUGGAGGCCAUAUGAAGUAUGGCCGAAUUCACAGGAAGAGAACCAACAGAGGGAUGGCUUACUCAAGAAAUUGCACUUUCACAGGCUGACGGCGUGUUUGUAGAAGCUGGUGCUUACAAUGGAGAAGAACUGAGCAACAGUCUUUUCUUUGAGAAAGAGCGUGGAUGGUCGGGGUUGCUCAUUGAACCAGAUCCUUGGAAUUAUUAUGCGCUUCGGAAAAGGAACAGAAACGCUCGCAGCAUUCAGUGUUGUCUCAGCAAAGAACUUUUAGGGCAGACUAUUGAUUUCAAACAAUCAGAUACCAUGGGUCGUGUUGUAACGCCGGAAGAAAAGAAAAGUCUUCCAGGAAUUUAUACGAAGGUCAAGUGUUUCCCUUUGGGCCUAGUUUUGAUUGCUGCGGGAAUCCGCCGAGUUGAUCUACUUUCGCUGGACAUCGAAGGCCGAGAAUUAGAGGUUUUGAGCCACUUUCCGUUUGACGAAAAUCUUUAG